UUCCCUGGGCCCCAUGUUUACCCCAGCUGGGGAUGGAGCAAUGGCACUGUUCUGGAACACUCUAGAAGCUCCAGGCAAAGGGCUAGAACCAGGAUCACAGAGCAUUCCAAGGCCUUCCCAGCCUAGAUGGGGCCCGCCCCCCUCCACUACCCCCCAGUGGGCCUCAUGUGGAUGCUGGCACUAGGUGGGGUUUUCCUGGCAGCCGCCCAGGCCUGUGUCUUCUGCCGCCUCCCGGACCGAGAUUUGUCAGGCCGCCUGGCUUGGCUCUGCAGCCAGAUGGAGGCCCAGUGGAGGGACUGUAAGGCUUCCUGGAACUUCUCGGCCUUUGCCUUAGAUGAGGUGUCCAUGAACAAAGUCACAGAGAAGACUCACAGAGUCCUGAAGGUCAUGGAGAUCAAAGGCUCUCUCUCCUCACUCCCUUCAUAUUGGCAAUGGCUUCAAAAGACCAAGCUCCCGGAGUACACCAGGGAAGCUCUCUGUGCUCCUGCCUGCCCUCCGCUCCUGCUGUCUCCUGCAGAGGGCAGCACCACCCUGUACAACUGCUCCACCUGCGAGAGCAUGGAGGUGUACUGUUGGCCCCGAAAGCGCUGUUUGCCAGGAAGACAUGAUCUUUGGGAAGCCAGGAUUCUGCUCCUCUGUGUCUUCGGAGCUGUCCUGCUCCUGGGUGUUCUGAGCCUCAUGGUGGAGUCCAGCCACCUCAAAGCAAAAAGUAACUUGUGAAGACGCUGACAGCCUCCCAGCCUCCAGUUCUAAGGAACAUGUACCCACAACUUCCACUUCCCUUGGGCAGGGGAACCCGUCAGCCCCUUAGUUCCAGCCCCAGAGGUUUAGUCUUCCAGACCCUGAAACCCAGCUAUCCCCAUGAUCCCAGUGUCAGAUAGCCUCCAGGGACCCAGGCACCCACAGCUGGAAAGUUCCUCCCCUCCAAGUCCUCAACCAAUCAGAUCGGGGCAGUCCGAUGCCAGGAAAAUAUCUACAGAAGGAAAGAAUCCCCUUCAUGCACAUCACCACUCCCACACCCCCUUCUACCUGUUCCCGGAAAACGGGGGGCUGUGUGCCCCAGAAGCUACUCUUGGCUCAUCUGUGACUGGUUGGGAAUCCGGGAAUGAGUGUUCUGGAAAACUCCCUCCCUCUAGAGUGAGACCACAUCACUCAGUCUGCUGGCAUGCUAUCCCCCCAUUGUGAAACCUUGGCUUCCCACAGAGGCCUCCCUCCUGCCAGGCCCAACUAAACCUGCUGUCAAAUGGC